AUGCCAGUACACCCCCACAUCCACCUCUUUCUCCCCUCUUCAGACGCUUCAAUAUCGCUCGAAGCCCGGCUAUACCUCCCGCUCACAGCCAACCGCACUCAGCCGCCCCUGACACUCACCGACAAGCUCUCCUCUUUCACUAGCAAUCCAGUGCGCCUAGAUGAACUCAGUAUUGAGACAGUGGGAAGCAUAAGAGGUCUUGGGGUGGAGAGGCUAGUGGUGGCUGCACAUCCCUGGGGGAGGAUGGGCGGUAACAUGCUCGAUCCAAACCUACAACAUCUCGUAUCGGCCGUAUUUAGUCCAUCAGAAAUGAAAGAUCCAGGGCUUGCAGCAUCAUCGAAUGGUGAACCCCCAAAGACGGCCGUUUUGACGUACAACGUUCGAGGAAUAGGAUGUUCUCAGGGGUCGCAACCAUGGCUCGGAGUAGGCAGCGACCCAGCGGAUAUGGCCCAAGUCGAAAGCGCUACUGCGGAUCUGCUUGGAGAUAUCAAGGACAUAUUCAGAUUCGGUUACUCUUGGGGUUCUCUCCUCGUCACGCUAGCUCCUCCUCACACGCUCCUUCGUCGCCUUCUACUAGUAUCCCCUCCCUGCACGAUAUUCGGUGGUAUCACCUACUUUUCCAAUAGGUCCUUCCGAGGGUCCCUGGGAGAUCUCCUGGCCGAAGGCGUGCAUGUGAAGCUCAUCUAUGGCACAAAGGAUGAAUUCACCUCGGCGAAAGUCUUUCAAACUUUCGGCGAGGACUUGCCUGCUGUGAUAAAGAAGAAAGAGGGAGCGAGUGAUAUAGGGACCUGGGAGAAGGUGGAGAUUGAUGAGGCAGAUCACAUGUAUCGGAGAGAUUACGGAGAAAUGCUACGAGAGGAACUCGGAAAGUGGCUGGGCUGGAGUGCGCCAGUGUAUACACCCCUCUCUGCGAGAAUGUAG